AUGAAUGCCGCAGCCUGGGCUCCCGACGCUCUCAACACCAGCAAUGGCAUCUACGGCAACCUCCACGACCCGACCGCCAACCUGGCCGCCCUUGACCCUUCCAUGUUCGGCGCGAACAACAUAGACUUCAACCAGCUUCAGAGUGCCGGCCUGCAGCAGCGACUCCAGAAUGGCAGUGUGCGCAAUGCCUCUCCCGCAGCCUUCCAGAACACGCCCUACCAAGUCAACCCCGUCGUGCCAUCCAAACGACCACGGCCGAGAGAUGACAGCACGGGCGCAUCGCCGCGGCUGGCGCCUGGAAGCAUCAGUCUGUCGCGCUCGCAGACGCCGCAGCAGGUCGGAUACCCAGGCUUUCAUGGGCAACACGGCGGACAACCAAUGCAGGCACCAACGCCGUACCAGCACCUACAACGAGCCGGCUCUAACAAUGCGACGCCCUCACCGACGAUGCAGGACUCGCAGUUUCGCCCACCAGGCGCCCCUCCGAGGAUGCAAACUUCGUCUCCCAAUCCGUUCCCUCAACAGCAACAAGGUCUCGGCAUGUCGCCUUCGAUGGAGCAGAUGAACCGCGCGAAUGCACAAAACCCUGCGAUGGCUCAGAUGGGUGGGAUGAAUUUCGCGCAAGGAUCGCCGGUGAUGCCAGGCUACAGUCAGAAUUACGGGCCGAUGCCACAGAUGUCGUCGGCGAACCUCCAGCCACCCCUCCAGGCGGGUAUACAAGGUGUCAACCUAUCGCAGCAUCUCCAGGUCCGCCAGGCCGAAGCGCAGCGGCAGUACCAGAUACGUCUACAGCAACAGCAGCAGCAGUUGGCCCAAAACAACAUCGCCGCCGCUCAGCACGCCCAGCAGGUCCAGCAACGGUUUCAGGCUGGCGGUAUAAACCCGAUGAUGGCUUCGCCUGCGCAGCAGCAUAAUAUGUCUGCUACCGGUGGGAUGCAGCCAGGUCAGCAGCAGAUGCCCACAGCCCAGCGGAACAAUUCGGAGAACUUCAACAGAGCCGUCGCAAGUUUCAUGCAAAGCCAAGGUCUGGGCGACCGAUUCGACCCCAAUCCCUCCAUCGCCGGCCGCCCCCUAAACCUAGCGAACCUCUAUGCUCUCAUAAUGAGACAAAAGGGGUCGCAAAGGGUAACCCAAAUGAACAUGUGGCCGUCAAUAGCCCAUGCCCUAGGCUUCCCUCCAGCAGAAUUUCCGACGGCACCUCAGGAGAUGAGAUAUCACUAUGAGAAAAGCGUUGCGCCGUACGAGCUUGCUCAGUGGAACAAGGCGAAGAUGCAACAAAUGUUAAAAUUGCAGCAACAAGCCCAGAUGGCUGGUAUGACGGGCAUGGGAGGGCCUCAGCAAAUGUCGCCGACGAAGCAAAUGCAAGCACCCGGCCAAAAUCUACAAGCACAACAGCAGCAAUAUCUGCAACAGCUCCAGCAACGAGCAUUGCCGUCACAGCAGCCACAGCCCCCAGCUACGCCAGCACAAUCCACGCCACUGCCGAAUUCUACACCCACGCCUUCUCUGAACGGUUGGAGUACACCGCAAGCAGAUCCCGCUCCAUCGCGGCAACAGAGCGCACUCGCUGCACAGCACAGGAGGAGCAUGAGUAGGCAGCUGGAUGCCACACCUCCGCAAGUCCCAGGUCAACAGCCUCGCAUUCCCAGCGCUUCACCAGGACAGCCGGACGUGAAGCAUGAACGGCAGCCUUCGACAGGCGGCUCAACCUUAGGGAACAGUGUCAACGGGGUCACGGGUGCGCCACCCUCCCCUAAACCGCUGAAAUACUACACCGGUCCGAACUAUACGCCUAAGAAGACGAAAGCCGCCGAAUCUGACACAUACGGCGGUCUCUCUGUCGCCGACAAUAUGCACAGCCUAGUGGGAUCAGAACUUCAUAGGCUCAAGCCCGUCAUACCCGGCCUCGAAGAAAUGGGCCUCAUCGAUAUCCGUGCACUCAGCAUGAGCCUCCAGUCGGGCAUUCAUGGUGAAAUGCGGUAUGCGUUGGAUCAUUUGGUUAAGCUGUCUCACGACUCCGCACUCCGAUUAGAGCUUGAAAAGUGCGAGAACCUUAUCGACAUCCUGAUCGAUUGCGCCGAGGAGCAGGUUGACGCUCUCGCCGAAGACGCCGCCGAGGUCUCCGACAUUCUGGACCUAACGCCCUAUGAAGAUGUGAUCCGCAAUUGCCGAGCAGAAGUCGAUUCUCUCCAAGACAUACCCGAAUUCGGCAGCCAUGCAUACGAUCUCGACCGGGCCGCAGACCGCCUCAUCGCAAUCACCACGAUCCUCCGCAACGUAUCCUUCUUCGAGUUCAACCACGUCCUCCUCUCAUCCCCACCCGUGAUAAAGUUCCUCUCCAACACCGUCCGGCUUCUCGGCACCCGCAACAUGCUCCUCCGCACCUACGCCAACACCCAGGACUUUAUGAAAGACACCAUAACCUUCUUCUCCAACGUCGCCGACAAAAUCGAGCUCCCAAGCCGCGAAGAAGCGCACAACAUCCUGCACUUCCUGCUCUCCUUCGCUCCGACACCGGCGCCCUCGUACACUACCGCAAUCUCAGCAUCCGCUUCUCACUCAACAUCGCUCCGCUUCACCCCCUACAACCCAGCCCUUCACCGCUACCUCCCCCCCGCCCUCGACGCCCUCGCCAAGCUCCUCGCGCGCGACGACCCAAACCGGCACCACUACCGCGCCCUCUUUGCCGCGGACGCUUCCUCGCACCCGCCCCACGACCUUCUGACCCGCGCCUUCGCGCUCGCUGUCUCCAUCGUGCCGGACCGCGCGAAGUCGACCCUUACCCCCGCGGCCGAGAUGCGUGUGGUCGAGAUACGGAAGCCGAGUCUUAUGCAAGGCAUGCUGGCUGCCGAUAUCCUGGCGGCGCUGGCGCCGGGGCCGGAGAGCGGGGUCGCGAGACGCUGGCUCGCGAGCGAGGACGGCUGGGCGAAGAGUUUGGUCAGGCUGUGCACCGUGCUUGCGAAGGAAGGGGGGAUGGUGCAGGCCGCACAGGCGCAAGCGCAGCAGCAGCAGCAGCACCCGGGAGGGAGGGGCAGGGUCGAAGAUCAGGGCUUCGGGCUUAUCACGCAUAGGGCCUUGGGGAUGUUGAGGCGGCUGGAGGAGAAGAGUGGGGAUGGGAAGAAAGAGGGGCGCCUUGAUGGCGAGGUGGAUGGGGAGGCUGAUGCCGAGGGCGAAGAGGUCGACGAGGUGGUGUGGGAGUCCGCGGGGAAGCUGAGUUUGGAUGUCGUGCCGAAGAGGGAGGUCCUGAUGGGUGCGAUGGUUACGGCGAGUGUGGAUGGGGUGGCGUUGAGGCUGCUGUGUAAGCUUGCUGGGAUGGGUGGGUGA